AUGGCGGCGGGCCUGGCGCCCGAGAUCCAGCUGGCCCAGCGGCUGGCGGCCAACGAGCAGGUCGACCGGGCCCGGGCCCUGAGGAAACUCAGAAAGUUCAUCAGCGCCAAGACGCAGCGGACCGCAGGUGGUUUUAGUCACGACGAACUGUUAAAAAUCUGGAAGGGACUCUUUUACUGCAUGUGGAUGCAGGACAAGCCUCUCCGGCAGGAGGACCUAGGAAACACAAUUUCCCAGCUCAUUCAUGACUUUCAGAAUGCAGAAGCACAGCAUCUAUUCCUUCAGACCUUUUGGCAAACCAUGAACCGGGAGUGGAAUGGCAUAGACCGUUUGCGCCUGGAUAAGUUCUAUAUGCUAAUCCGUAUGGUCCUGAACCAGUCCUUCGAACUAGUGAAAAGAAACGGAUGGGAAGAAAGUCAGAUUGACCUCCUUCUGGAGAUGCUAAUGAAAGAAAUCCUGCACCCAGACAGCCAUGCCCCCAAUGGAGUGAAAUUCCACUUUAUCGACUUGUUCCUGGAGGAACUGGCCAAAGUGGGAGCUGAGGAGCUCACGGCAGAUCAGAACUUAAAGUUUAUCGAUCCACUCUGCAGAAUUGCAGCCAAGUCAAAGGAUUCCACGUUGGUGGAGGUCAUAGUCCAGGGCAUCUUCGAAACCAUCAUUGACCAGGCCCCUUUUGCCAUCGAAGAUUUGAUGAGAGAGUUGAAGGCCAACGAAAAAGCCAACAAGCAGACAUCCAGGAAACGGUCUCGGAAGCAGGACCGAGGAACUAAAGGCAUGACUUCCUCCCAAGAGGAUGACCCAGAACUGGAGGAGGAGGAGGAGGAGGACGAUGAUGAUGGCAAGAAGGAACAGCGAGCCCCUCGUAGAAAAUCCACUGGCGACAUUGGCCCUGUCCUUCAGUUUAACUUCGAAGCAGUUGCUGACAGGCUGUUUGAACUGUCCAGCAGGCAAAACAUUCCUUCCUUCAACCGGAACUGCCUCUACAAAGUGGUCCGAAAGUUCCAGAACCUGGCUAAAGGCAUCUUCCCCCGGAUCGAUUUCCUCAACGACGUGUCUACAGACGAAGAUGAUGAUAUGUUCAGCCGGAAGAGGAAAAGGAAACGUCGGAUGAGAGCUAAAGUGGGGAAGGAGGGAGAUGGAAAAGAGAAGUCAAGGGCUAGGAAUCGAGGAGAAGAGUCGGGAAUGAAAGUGGAGAGGAAGAAGAAAGUGAAGAACCGGAAGAAGAAUAACUAGGCAAGGAGUACCACUGACACGGGGCGCCCCGUCGUCACGUGGGUGACUGGCCAGAUGGGACCAGGGGGCAUGGAUGGGACGGCAGAUGUACCCGAGAGCAGGACGGGCUACCGCUGCGGGUCACGUAUCCGCCGAACCGUCGACGGAUGCGGCCUCGACCGCGGGGCGCUGAUGAGGACCGCGGGGGAGCAGGGCCGUGGAGGGGGCGGCCGUCUGAACGAAUGGUUGGCUGUGACCUCGGUGUCCCAUAGGAGCACGCAGUG